AUUCUCACCGUGCGGCCGUUUGCAUCGUCAGCCUCACGCCGAGGAAAACCCCGGCUCGCCGUGCACGACCUGCGGAUCGUCGUCGUCGGCGGCUACGGCAAUGCGCGUCGGAUGCAGGUGUCUCGUUGAUGCAACGAGGGACAAAUCGCGCACGGAGCGCCGCGACGCAACCCCUCCGGGGAUGACCGUGAGCGGCACGGCCGUCCUUACCGAGCUGUCGUGGUGAAACUCCAGUUCCGACGAUGCGGCGAUUGCGAGUUUAACGAAUUAUUUAUUCGCGCACCCCUGCGAACUGCCACGAAGUGCUAAAAAUGUGCAGACGAGAAAGGAGAGAACGGCUGGACCGCGAGUGAAGGAGAACUGCGUUUGUCGAUGAAGGAUGCGCGAUUAGCGACCCGUCCGUGAUUAGCUGCGAUCGACGGCGAGGGUUAUCCUCUUAAGAACACGAAUGCCGUGUAUAUAUUGCUGAUCAAUGUUGAAUGCAAUCAGAGAAAUAUUAUGUAAAUUGAUUGGACGUCCAGUGACUUUUGGCAAAGAAAAACAUAUCGUCAUAUUUAAAGUUUAUCAACGACAUGGAAUAGAAGACUGAUGUCUAUAAUUUGUAGAAGUACAUCUCUCAUCGUGAGCUUCUUUAACUUGUAAUUAUUCAAUCUCGCUUUACACAAAGACACGUAUGUUCGAUUCAUAGAAAGAAAAAAAAGGGAUAAAACCUUCGAAUAGCAACGUCAGAGUGUAUCUAUAGCUUUCUACUUUUUGAAAAUCAACAUCAUAUACGAAGAAAGUACUAAAAUGCUAUUAAUUUUUUAUUAAUCGAUGUGCAAUACCUCAAAGAAGACAGGUUCGAAACGCGGAUCACGUUUGUCGACCAUUUUUACACGAGACCUUUUACUGCGCCGAAAUAAAGCUGAACGUUCAUGCCGGUAAACGCAACAUAUCGUAAUAUCGGGACCAAUGCUAUCGACAUAAAAUACUUGUGCAUGUACGAGUGUGCUAUGCCGACGUAAGAAAACUUAACCGAGUCACGACUACUGAGAGAGAGUAGCUCGAUAUAAUUUUCGACAUGAACAUUACGUUCAAUAUAGGAAAAGGGCUCGAUCGAUACCAUCGUGAGACGGGGAAUGUCUAAAGAUGGCAGAAGGUCUAUGGCUCCGACGUUUAUUUUUCAAAUGUACGAUAUAGAGUAUAGCGAUAAUUAGCGAGACGCCAAUCAGCAACAAACUCGAAGCAUGUCACCCGACAAACAAAAGCACUUCGAAAACAAAGGGGAAACUUUCUUUCGCGCGUAACUCCGACUUUGCCGAGUAAAAGAGGUCGGCCGGGGUAGACGAGAAAAUAGAAAAGCGGAAGUAAAAUGCCGAAAGGAAGUCCAGGCAAGGAUAGCAGCGAGAAUAUUCAAUUGGAGCCUUUGUCUAGGACGCCGAGGCGCAAUGAAUCUACCGACCCUGCGGAAAUAGACGCGAAGGCACCGUUAAGACAUGCCGCAAGAAAGACGUGCGAUUCAGGAGACAGCAGCGCAGGAUUGCACAGACGUAACUUUUACGAGCGCGCAAAUGAAGUCGUUAGAUGUUCUGAGAGGAAGACUUACUGCGUACUUUGUAUCUGCUGCAUGGUACUUCUCAUUACAUCACUUAUCAUCGCCUUGGCACCUUUGCGAAAUGGCUGCGUUUGUUCUGAAGAAGACGCGAGUAAGAUCAUGGCCGAUGAAAUGGACGCCGUGCCUCGGAUGGAGAAUGGAGAGAUAUUUCCAUGGGAUAACAUAAGAUUACCUGCCUUCGCACAUCCUACUAGAUACAAUAUUACCAUGCAUCCAAAUCUUACCACCUUAGAAUUUAGAGGCCGCGUCACAAUUGAAUUUUACGUUGAUGAAGAGACCAAAUUUAUCGUCUUCCAUAGUAAAAACUUGACAAUAAAGGAACAAAUAGUCAAAGACGGUCACGAAGAGAUAAAAAUUGCGAAAUUACUCGAGUAUCCUAAGCGCGAGCAGUUAUAUCUGGAAUUGGAGGACAAAUCGUUUCAAAAAAGGAACAAUUACACGCUAUUUCUGAGUUUUAAUGCGACAUUGAAUUCUACUGAACUUAAAGGCUUCUAUUUCAGCAGUUACACCACACCUGAAGGAGAUUACAGAUAUUUGGCCACAACUCGUUUCGAACCAACAUACGCGCGCAUGGCCUUUCCAUGUUUCGAUGAACCACAAUUCAAAGCUAAAUUUAAGAUAUCAAUAUAUAGAGAUAGAUUUCAUAUUGCGUUAUGUAAUAUGCCUGCCAUAAAUACCGAAGAGGCUGGAUUUUACUUGGGCACAAAUCUCCUACGCGACGAUUUCCAAGAGUCCGUAGACAUGUCGACGUACUUGGUGGCUUUUGUGGUAUGCGAUUUCAAAAGAGUUUUCGAACUAACAAAGAGAAAUACAUCCGUAAGUGUGUAUGCCGCGUCGCAUAUGCUUCCGCAUAUGAACUAUGCCAUGAAAACUGCUGCUCGUAUUAUGGAUUACUUUGAAUCUUUCUUCGGCAUACCUUACCCUUUGCCAAAGCAAGAUAUGGUAGCAAUUCCCGAUUUUGAGCCCAUUGCUAUGGAAAAUUGGGGCCUAAUUACUAUUCGAGAAUCGUUUUUAAUGUUUGACCCGCAAGAAACACCUACCAAAAUAGAAGAGUAUAUAGCCGUUAUUAUGGCUCACGAAUUGGCUCAUCAAUGGUUCGGCAAUCUCGUCACAAUGAAAUGGUGGAAUGAUCUGUGGCUGAAUGAAGGUGCCGCGACGUUCUUUGAAUACAAAGGCGUGAAUCACAUCUUCCCCGAAUGGGGCAUGAUGGACUUGUUCAUAUUACACAAGACGCAACGAGCGCUCGAGCUCGACGCGCUAGCCAACAGUCACCCCGUAAGCGUGCUCGUUGAAAACCCCAUCGAGAUAGAGAGCAUAUUCGAUACAGUUAGCUAUUACAAAGGCGCUUCCGUCCUCUAUAUGUUGGAAGUAGUUUUAUGCGAGAGUGUUUUUAAACGCGGACUAAACGAUUAUCUAAAUAUACACGCGUACGGAAAUACGGAGACCAAUGAUCUGUGGGAGGUUUUCACAAAACAUUCCAAGAAUACAUCCAUUAGUACGGAGCUUGAUGUGAAGACUAUAAUGAACACUUGGAUCCAACAAAUGGGCUUCCCACUUGUUACUAUCAUCCGUGAAGACAGUGUUAUCACGGCGACCCAAAAAAGAUUCCUUAUUUCGCCGCGAGAAGAUGGAGUAAACAUUUCACAACCCAAAUCACCCUUCGACUACAAGUGGUACAUUCCGUUGAAUUGUUACACAGAUCAGGAUGACUGGACGAUGCUGGAGGAUCCUAUGGAAGUGUGGAUGAAUAUGACCAACGCGACUUUUGAUAUAUCAAGCGAUGUCGAUUAUAUCAAAUGCAACAUCAACCAGACGGGUUUCUAUCGAGUAAAUUAUCCGAUGGAGAUGUGGAUUUCGAUUAUCAAAACUUUGAUGAAGAAUCACACUAAGUUCAGCCCGGCAGAUCGGGCGAGUCUGAUCGACGAUGCGUUUUCGCUUUGCGAUGCAGGCGAGGUGAAUGCCUCGAUUCCACUGCAACUUUCGCUUUACCUCGUCAACGAGCGAGACUACGCGCCAUGGGCGACCGCGCUUCGGUAUUUGAACUUUUGGAAAGACAGACUGGCCGAGAGUGCAGGAUAUAAGAAAUACAUCUUAUUCUUUAAACAACUGAUGGGUCCGAUUACAAAACACAUUGGCUGGACAGAUGAAGGAUCUCAUUUGAAGAAAUUAUUGAGAAUCGCAGUACUGAAAUCCGCUAUCGAAUUAGAAAUGGAUGAUGUAGUGAAAUCUGCAAGAAAUCUUUUUCAAGACUGGAUGUCGAAAGGCAAACGCAUCGCACCCAAUGUACGGAAUAUCGUUUAUAUGGCAGGCAUCAAAUUCGGAGACGAGGCUGACUGGCAACAUUGCUGGCAGGUUUAUCUUAGAACGCAAUUUCAGAGCGAGAAACUAUUAAUGUUGCAAGCCCUAGGUGCGACGAUGGAUCCUUGGUUACUUAAACGUUAUCUUCGGCUUUCGCUAAAUCGGAAUUUGCUUAAGGCGCAAGAAGUUAAUACCGUCAUAGCAGCCGUUGCUGCCAAUCCGCAUGGACAUUAUCUCGCUUGGCGUCACAUUAAAGCCUACUGGGCGCAAAUAGAAGCUUUAUAUAUGAACGAAUCGCUCUCGAUAAACAAUCUCAUACUCAGCGUUGUUCCUGACUACUUCAUCACCGAGUAUGAUUAUCGCGAAGUCUCCGAAUUCUUCAAGCAGCGCGACGUCCGCAGCGCUAAUCGCACCCUGCAGCAGAGCUUAGAGAUGAUAAAGUUUAACAUCCACUGGGUGAAAACAAAUGCGAAAGGCGUGAGCGAUUGGCUCACCCAAUACUUCGCGGAAAUAAAUCUUGCAAGUUAACCUUCGCAAGUCGAGAAUGACCCGAAAUGCAACUGCAUCCAACCGUGAUAUCAUUAUGGCUAAUUUUUUUACAAUACUUAUUCGUACGCUCUUAAGAAACACAGCCUACAAAAAAAAUGAGAAUCCCGAUUAUUUCGGGAGCGAAAAGAAUCUCAAUCAUCGUCAUUCUUGUAUAAUAAAUUUGCGGAUCCAAAGUCACAACCAUUUCCGUCAGUUUUAUUAGAAAUUAAGUCAUUUCCGUCAGGCAAAUCAAUCGAAUUUAAAAGAUGACAACUCUUAAACGAGAAUAAAUCGUAUUUCUUAAGAAAAAGACACUUAAAUGUAUCCUGUAUACAAUUCGUUAUCAUAGUUUACUUGCCGGAAAGGAUCAUCUAACUCGAGAGAAGCCGAAUUAUUUACGUGUAAUACACGUGUUAUACACCGAUUUAUAUGCACUUUCGAAAGUAUUUAUUUAACAUGCACGCAGCGCGUGCCGGUCGGAUCACUAAAUAUAAAAAGACACAGCGAGAGAGCAAAGACAUCAUUGUUUCUAGGAUAGUCGUUUCCUACUAAUACAAUUCAUUGACGCAAUAUUGGCCCAAUAUAUCCCCAAUGUAUGCCAAUGUUUAACCAAUGUAUCGCCAAUGAACUAUGCUAGGGUUGAUAAUCGGCAGAUAAGAGCUAUAAUAACAACAUACGCCUAUUGGCAUUGAAAACUUUAGAGUCUCUCGAAUUUACUACACUUUAUUAUAACAAAAAGGUGUUACGAUAAUCAUUUCCACGCGAUAUCCAAGCCACAUAUUGAAUCAUCCAAUAUUAUUUUAAGGAAGAGUCGAGCUUGCAGCAAUAUUGUCGGAGAAAACGCUAAUUAUACUAUUCACGUACGUCCCAUGCGUAAGUCUGCGUGCAAAACUGCAAUGCUGCAGAUAUUUAGAGGUAAUAGAAUAUCAUAACUGUAUGAGCGAUCGUUCGUUUACAUAUUUAAGUAGCAUAUCAAUGUAUGGUAAAGAGAGGCAUAAUACUGCUAAAUCUCUCAGGUCUAUGCCACAAGCACCGUCCAGAGAGAUAAGGCGGCGUUGAAGAAAAACUCGAUCGCGAGAGCCAAGUGGAUAUAUAUGUCAAAUUAAUUAAUUGUGAGGAUAUAAAGAAAAAACGAUGUGUAAGUGUCGGUCCACAAUAAGGACUUUAAGCCUUACGCCGUAAGACAUUGACCAAUUACAAUCGAUUAUUCUCUUUAUAUUCGGCUACGAUUGGUCUAUUUCUUACUGCUUAAGGCUUAAAAUCCUUAUUGUGGAUCAACACUAACGUGUAUCGUGUAUUCGCUAGAGGCUUGCUGGAGUCGCAGAAACACAUGUCUCGCGUGGAGUUGUUCUUCAUGCGAAGUAGCAUAAAUAGAGAAUUGAAUAUUUUAUUAUGAAAAAAAAUAAAAAUAUGUGUAUAAUCUAAACAACGCUUUAUAUAUACAUAUGUAUGGUGUGCAUGUAUUAAUGUAAGACAAUGUACCGUGUUUGAUCGAAUACUUUGAAGAAUCUAAAUGAUGACGCAAAUUGUCAGUGCUGAAUUUAUCAAAAAUCUCUUAAACGUCACGGUUUUCGAGGGGUUGCGUUUAUUUCUGAAAAAUUUUUGACAAUAGUAAAUCUCAAUUUAAAACAGAAUAAAUUUUGCAAUGUGAUCUCGAUACCCCAAAGCUAAUCCAUAUGCUUAUCUGCUUAUCGUUUUUUGAUCGUACAAUUAACUAUUUGGACAAUAAACACCAGAAAAUAGUGAGAUAUAUUUAAAAUAUAAUUAAUUAUUAUAUUUUAAUUGUUUUAAUGUACAUUAAUUUUAUGUUCUGUGAUUAAGACUUAAGUACUUAGGCUGUUAAGCAUAAAACCGAUCGCACGGAACAAAGAUAUGAAGGUCUGCAAAGUGUCUAAUAGUUUUACAGGGAAAGCAAAACCAUUUGCGAAGCAAUUUUCGCACCGAUUAUUUCUGAUCAAAGAUCAGAGGAUAUCGAACAUAUUGAAUCAUGUCCCCAAUUUUACUCCUUGAAUAUUUCUCGUUGCUGCCGUAACUGGGUAGCUGAUUAUAUCUGAAAUUGACGUGUCCUUGUAAAGAUACAGUUGUAAAGAUAAAAUUUAAGCACUCGUUUAAAUGAAACACGUUAUUACUCAUCGUCACGCUCGAACACACGGGACACGGCGAUUCUUCGAUAUUUUCUUGCCACGAAUUUUUACUGCCAUUUUGUGCUUACCAAUGUCCACUGCAAAAUGGCAUUAUUUCGAUAUUUAAUACUUAUUGUUAGCGCGAUCUUUCUUAUUGGAUCAAUCUACUUAACGGCGCAUAAUUCCUUGUGCUCGUCGCAUUUUACAUACGUGGUUCCAUGAGCGAACUGAGGGCACGCACAUAUAAAUACCUACACAUACAUACACGAUUUCCCCGCACGUGGAAAAAAAGUCUGUAAAUAAAAAAUUGCAGCACUGAAAUCAUUUUUCAUCGUUCCAUUAAGUAGAUUUUGAUACACUCCAAACGGCGAAUUAACGAAUCGACGCACAAUUAGAUAUCUUACGUGUAAAUAGCGUAUUUUUUCACAAACGGAUGUUCUGUCUUAUUGAAGCGUUAACGACAUUCGCUUCAAAAUUUUUAAGGGAGCGUCUGCCCGCCGACCUGUGCGAGAUGCGAACCGAUUGGCCUAUUUUUCACAUUUUAAAUAAUCGAAAGUAAGUGGGUAAGUGCGUACGUUAUACGUACUUUCGUUACUUGCACGUUCACGAACUCGGAAUUGCAGCUGUGAAUUUCGAUCUAAUAACGAUUGUCAAAUAUUCGACGUUUUACUUUCUAUGAUAUGUAUUUGUAUCAGGAUUAUUAUUUAGUAUUUAGUCUUAUUGUUAGAUAAAUAAUUUAUUAAGGCGGAUAAGGUGAUAUUUAUUUUUCGCUGAAAAUAAUUUUAUAAUAUCAAAUCCACUGUACACGAAAUAACACGAAAAUAAUACUACUUAUAUCGAAAGACUGGAUACCAAAGUAAUCAUGAGUAAUCAUAUACUUAUGUAUUUUACGCAAUCACGACACGAUUACAUCUUAAGAGAACGAGGCUGUCUUACAUCUCAUAUUUAUGUGAAUUAACAUAACAAUAUAUAUUAUAUACCGUUUUCAACUGUAUUGUUGUCAUAGAUAUUUUGUUGUAUAAAAAAAUAUGAAACAUGUACAAGCAUAAAUAUACGAAUAAAUAUAUAUAUGU